GCCGCGGUCUCCCGGCAACAGCGGGGACGCGCAGCGCCAUGGACGUGCAGUCGCUGCCCGCGGCCCUGGCGCUGGUGGCCGGCGGCGGCGCGGGGCUCAGCCCGGAGCAGCGGGCGGCUCUGGGCGCCUCGCUGCCGCUGCUGCAGCGCGACUACCGCUUCGAGCGGGUCUGGUUCUGGGGCUGCAUCCAGGGCGUGCGCGGCGCCUACUACAUCGCCGAGGGGCUGGGCCCCGACCGCGCCGCGCCCCGCAGCCGCCUGUACAGCUUGAACUGCUUGGACUGGAGCCUGCUGACGCCAGCCACCAAGGAGAUGCUCGCACUGGCUGAGCAGGUGAAGGGCCGCUUUCAGGGGGAUCCUUCCUUUGAGUACAGCUUGGCUGAGAUAAACGCAGAAGCUGCUGCAAGGCUGAUGGAAAGUGGUAAGGAGCCUGUGAUGAAGGAGGAGGCCCGCCUCAUAGCCACGAUUGAACUGAUAGACAGAGCAGUUGGUAUCGUCCCCCGGGGGGCAUUUGUGAAGACUCCUCUUGGGGCUGUGCAUGAAAAUAGACACUUUGAAGGUCUGUCUUUGGCAGAGGCAAAAAAGUUAAGUUCCUAUUUCCAUCUCACUGAGCCUGUUAACCUGAAGAAUAAAACCCUGCUGGAAAAGGCUGACCUGGACCCAUCCACCGACUUUCUAGAUUCUCUGGAGCAUGACAUCCCACGAGGCUCCUGGAGUAUCCAGCUGGAGAAGGGAGGCACUGUGGUGGUGCUGCGGAGCCUGCUGUGGCUGGGACUGACAUUCUAUCAUGUCCCAAUGACCAAGCAAUUUGGCUACGUCUACUUUGGCACUGGUGAGAAGAAUCUUGAUCUGCCCUUCAUGCUGUGACUCUUCUGUCUGUUCUUUUCAAGAACUAGAAAAGAUCUAGAUUUUAUACGUAGGAAAUUUUGUUUACUGCUUGUUCUAAUAAAAAUGUGAAACCUCUGCACUUUGAGCAGGAUUCUUUAGUGCCUGGAUGCUGGCCCUGAUUCCUUCUCCUAGGACUUCACUGUAUGCAAUCCUCCCCCAACUCCAGAUUGAAUUCAGCGAAUCACAGAAUAUUCUGAGUUGGAAGGGACCCACAAGGCUCAUUGAGUCCAGCUCUUAAGUGAAUUGGGACUGAACACAACCUUGGCAUUAUUAGCACCAAGUUCUCCCUGUAAUGUGUCACUGUGGAUCCUUUAGAUAGUAAUAAAAGGCAUUUUCUUCCCUGACAGGCAAGCUCUAGGUCAGAAAUGAAACCUAGGCCAUCUGUCUGAUUACAAAAGCACCUUGCUUACACAAGAACUUGGAAAUAUGAAUGAAUACCUGCUGUCACCUAUGAAUGACAAAAGCAGAGGGAGUCAGAAUAAAAAACUGUUGUAUACUGUAAGAGAUCUGUACUAAACCCUGAACUCUAGAAAGGCAUAUUGAAGAGAGUAUUUUGCUUUUCAGAUAUUAAGAUUUCACCAAUAUUAGAGGGGUUGCACCAGCUCAUGUCAUUAAACUGUAAGAAAAAAAUAGCUGUGGGCAUCACCUGGUCUUGGAAACCGUGCUUAUUUAGGUUCAUCUCAAGACAAUGGUUUAAUCCAGUGACUUUUCCAUUAGCAAAGCUCACUGAGCAGGACUAUCUGGGCUAGAACACAGAGUAACUUCUGUAUGUAUAAGAAUAAAGAAAAAUAGUUUCCUUUCUGAAGGGCUGUAGCUUUCAAAGCUUUAUAAAACAGUCAGCCAGAGAUUUUAUCUCAGUAUGGUAAUGAAGACUUGGCUCUGUCUCUCAAAGCAAAAGGUCUUGGCCAGCUCGAGGGGCUGAAUCUAGGGCUUUCAUUUCACAAUAUAAGGCUAAAAAGAACCAUUUAAAUCUAAUUUGAUUUCCUGGAUAAUACAGGUUUAUCCUUACCCUUUGUUCCUGUCCAUGCUGAUGAUAUUAGCAGAUGAUUCUGAUAUAAGCAAUACAAGGUUAAGUGGCAUGGUAUUACAUAAAAAUUCCUUAUUGAUUUGCAGCCCCCAGAUUAAUACCAAAGAAAUGAAGCCAAAACAAUAAUGACCAUGAUAAAUUUAAUGAGCCUUUCAUACCAGGCCCAUAAUUAGCAAUGGUCAGUAGGUGGAAGAUCUGUAUGUGUACUACACAGGGAGAAAAAUGGUGGGACCUUUUAGUUACAAGAUAGAUAAUCAGUUCCAAUCUAUCCCAGGAAGCAACCAUAUCACUGACAUGGAAGAUUUACGAAAAAUUUAUUUGCUGGGGUAAAAAAAACAGGUGGUCAUCAAGGAUGUCUACACUGUAUUUGCCAGAUUCAGGAGUGAAUCAUAAGCCAGGAAUUCUUAAGGGGACGUGUAAGACACACACUUGUUUGCCACUGCCACAGGUAUUCUGUUGAAAAUUAUGGAUAGUACAGA